AUGGUACAAACUCCCGGCCCCAACGUGAACUACCCGACUCCGUACGACAAGACUGACUCCGACGAUGGCCUGUUUAAGAAUGCCGACGUUCUCUGGUCCUCGGCCGAGGCAGCGCAGGGUUCUGACGAAGACAUUGCCGUGUUCUUUGCCAGUGCCGGCUACUACCAAUGUGUCCGCCAGACCACGUGUGGCGAUGAAUCAGUCCAGGCUAAGAAUCCAAUGGACCAACUCCUGAACAAUGCUCCGGCCUCGUUCGAGGGGGCGCUCCUGCGUUUAAAGAGGGGAACGUACUACUACAUCUGCUCUCGAAACAACAACUUUACCAACAGGAGUCAGAAGGGAGUGAUCAUCGUCACCCCAUAG